UCUCAUAAUCAGAACAUGUGAAGACGCAGAUGAUAUUGUACCUAUCAAUUAAUAUAUAGAUUAUAUUGAAAUGAAAAUGAAGCCAGUGGUGUGCUGAAUCUCAGUUUGUGUGGAAGUUUACACUAACAAAUACCGGGAUAUGUCAGAAAAGGAUCCACUUGUGAACGGACAUACGAAUCCGAGUUCCUACGGAGUCAAGGCAGACACCCAUGUUUGGGUUCCAGUGGACGAGAAAACGGAACAUCGCCGGGUGGGGAAUGGGUCCAGCUUUCCAAUGCAGCAGAAGGGUGGGUCCACACUCACCAUCCACAACAUAAACUACACUGUCCAAGUUAAGGAAAAAACAUGCAGUUGUUCAACGCAAGACAAAGCCAUUCUUAAGGGAAUCGAUGGCAUCUUUAAACCAGGAAUGAAUGCCAUUCUUGGCCCAACAGGCAGUGGAAAAUCCUCAUUACUCGAUGUCCUGGCAGGCAGAAAGGAUCCAUCGGGUUUGAAAGGCACCUUACUGCUAGAUGGGGCUCCUUUACCAAAAAACUUCAAAUGUAUGGUGGGAUAUGUGGUACAGGAUGAUGUUGUGAUGGGAACACUGUCAGUUCGUGAAAAUUUCCACUUCUCUGCAGCCCUACGACUCUCAGCCUCUGUCGGCCCAGAAGAGAGAAAGGAGAGAGUGAACAACGUCAUACGGGAACUUGGCCUGCAACAUUGUGCAGAAACCAAGAUUGGUAAUGAGUUUAUCCGAGGUGUGUCUGGUGGAGAGCGAAAGCGAUGUAACAUUGGAAUGGAGCUGAUUAUCUCCCCUCCCCUGCUCUUCCUGGAUGAGCCGACUACCGGCCUCGAUGCCAACACUGCUGGCACUGUCAUGCUGCUGCUGAAAAAACUGGCUCUUAAUGGGCGUACCAUCAUAUUCUCGAUCCACCAGCCUCGCUACAGCAUCUACCGUCUCAUUGAUAACCUCGUCCUCUUGUCCCUAGGAGAGACUGUCUACCAAGGGCCAUGUGAAGACUCAUUGCAGUUCUUCAAAUCUCUUGGUUAUACGAUUCAAGAACACAACAACCCACCAGACUUCUUUCUGGACGUAAUCAACGGUGACCCAAAUGUAACAACGAAUGACAUCGGUCAAAUCUUGGCCUCAACUGAUAUGGAGAAAGUGUCUCAAAAUGGUGAGGAAACCGUUCAUGACAAGCUGGUGAAAGGCUUCAAGAAUUCUAUGUGGGCUAAAAACCUGCAACAGCAAGUGGAACCAAUUUUUGCUGGGUACCAGGAGAAUGUGCGGGUUGGGAAAGUACAACGCCUCCCGCCGGUGGAAUUUGCCACGGGUUUCGGCACACAGUUCAUCUACUGCAGCCACAGGACCCUGAGAAACCUCAUCAGGAACCCUGCAGUCUCAGUGCUUCAGGUGUUCACAAUGGCCAUAUUUGCCAUUGUAGUUGGUGCUAUCUACUGGGACAUCGACAACUCAUGCAAAUCUGGCCUUCAAAAUAGGACGGGAGCCUUCUUCUUCAUCAUUAUGAACAUGGUAUUUGGUAACCUGUCAGCAGUGGAACUCUUCAUCAAAAACAGGGCCAUCUUCUUGCACGAGAAUGUGAGUGGAUUUUAUCGCGUAUCAGCCUACUUCCUGUCCACAGUGAUAUGUGAUGUCAUACCCAUGAGGUUCCUGCCCACACUAUCAUUUGCAGCUGUUGUCUACUUCAUGAUCGGGUUUGAGAGUGUAUUUGACAAGUUUUCCAUCUUUUUCCUGGGUCUGUUCUUCGUGUCCCUGGCAGCCUCGUCCAUCUCGUUCUGUAUCAGUGCAUCAGUGAGGAUCUUUGCUGUUGCCAACUUGCUCAUUGCCAUGGCCUACGUUGUCAUGAUGGUGUUCAGCGGUUUGCUGGUAAACCUGGACACUAUACCAGACUUCCUGGAGUGGCUCAAGUACCUGUCCAUCUUUAGAUACAGCCUCACGGCUUUGAGUAUCAAUGAGUUGAAGGACUUGACCUUUGAUGGAAAUUGCACGACAGGUAACGAAUACCUGGACUUUCAGGGCAUUGACUACAAGACCAACUGGGAUCUGUGGGUGAACUUCGUGGCCAUGGGCGUCAUGUCUGUUGGCUUCUUGGUGCUUGCUUACCUUCGCCUCCGCUUCAUGAACAAACUCAAAUAGACCAAUCUGAUUGGUUGGAUGUUGUAAAUGUGUUGUGUUAUAUACUAGCUAAUAACUUACAGGUUACUGAUCUGUGCGAUGUUUUUAAUUAAUCAGGAAGUACGCAGACUGCCAUAGUUAUAGUGACAAUCAACAUGGUAGCAACUUCAGAAACCUUUUGUUGGCAUACUGUGAUCGCAUUUCAUACUUUAUUAUCAGUUCUGUUAUUUUAUUUGUGUUGUUUCUUGUCAACCUGUACACACAUGUAUGUAGUGUCACACGGUUCGCUGACAAUCAAUGGAUAUGUUACAUGUACAACUGUGUAUAAGGAAACUUAUUUUGAUAAUCCUGAAGUUCGGUGCUCGUGUUAACUUACUUGCCAAAGUCUUAUUUUCAUGUCAUGUUUGUGUUUGCUAUUAUGACACUUUUGGGUUUAUAGUUAUACACUGAUUACAAGCAUUCUUUUGGUUGUUUGGUAACGCUGAAACAAUGGUCAAGUAGAAAAUAGUUUUAUUUUUGGAAAAAAAUGUUAUCUGGAUUAAACAGAGUUUGCUUUUUCUGGAAAAUCAUAUUUCUCAAUUGAAAUGAAUGAAUCAUGAUAGUUGCAUAAUAAUGAAUAAUACAAUGUCAUGCAUAUCUGUUAAAUAUCUUGUAGUUUGUUUUAUAUCUGUUGAACAGUUGAGAUUAAUUUUAUGGUUUUAAAACUUCUCAGUAGUUUCAGUUCAUAUUAUAUUCUCAGUCCCAAUGUUUUGUAGAUUGAGGUUAUAUUGGGUUAUAUUAUAGGUUAUGUAUGUUUAAAUGUUCAAGUGUUUUAUGUUUAGUCUGUUAUACAGGUACACAACAUGCACACAAUAUUCUAAACAUUUAAGGGAAAAAUGUUUAAAUACUUUUCCCGUAUUGCUAAGUGUUGAAUCCAUCUUGAGUUCCAUAAAUUUUUGUUUAUGAUACAAGGCAAAUUUUACGAGCUAGUACAAACUGAUUCAGGGUCAUACCUGAAGCAUUCUUAAUUGUACGCCAAUAGACUUGAGUGAGCUAUCGAGAUGUGAGUGUUUUAUUAGCAGUAGUUUGUCUCAAAAUGUUAUAUGGGGUGGAAGUUGAACAUUUGGUGAAAUAACAAUAAAUACUUGCAUACACGCCUUGCAUAGCCUUUACUUUACUCCUGCUUUGGAAAUAAAAGUACUUGCCAUGUUGGUGGAUUCAAAAUCGGUUUUUUUAAAAGCAUAUUUUUAAACUGUACAUUAUUAUGUUGUUGGUUUUUUUUUUUGCUAGAGGCUGUAAAUCUUAACAGCUUAUUUUACUUCAAAGAUUAUAAAGAUCAAUUCACCUUUUUUUGAUAAAUAGUUAAUAUUUAAUAAAUUUUGAUAAUGUUGACCAAAUCGAAAAGAAAUCGAGUUUUAUACAACUAGCUGUAGCUGCCAAUUUUAUCAACUGGUUAAUUAUUUUGUAUGGUUAAAAGUUAGCCAAAAUGUUUAUUGAUUGGUCAAUAUUUAUCCAAUAAUUACUGUUAACUUAUGUCUACCGUAAUCAAGAGGCUUGUAUAAGAUAACCGGUGGAUAACUUAUCUAGUUCUACACAAUCAUCUGUUGAACUUAAAUGUGAUUGGUUAAUUUACAAAACGCUUAACCAACGUACAACACUGUACCAUAUCACUGUAUGUUGAUGUAUCCACAUAUCAUACACAUAUAUUGCUGUACAUUAUUGUUUAAAUAUUAUAUCAAAGUAUGUUUGUGCUGUAUAAUACCAACAUAUCAAAGGUUUGUCGUCUUUUUUUAUUUUAAUGCAUAACUGAUAAGAAUUGAAGAAACUAACAUGGCAACAUUUCAUAGCUGAAUUCAUAUCACAAAGAGGUUUUUUUCUAUGUUACUUUGUGUAUAGACUGCAGUGUAUUAUAACACCAAUGUGUCAUUAAUUAGAUUUUAAAUUGUGUAGAAAUUACAUGGAUUAUUGUGCAUAUAAGUGUCAAUUUUAGCCACCACACAUUGUACCAUCACUCAUUGUAUUUUUACAUGACUGUAAAACAUGACAAGUUCUGUGAUUAAUGUACAUACACAAUUAUUUCACUACUUAUUUUAUUUUUAAAAUGGCUUAUAAGGUACCAUACAUGCAUAUAUAAAAAUGAAUAAAAACUGAUGCAAGAAGAGGUAACAUGCCGUUUAGAAUAUGUUUCGCUAUUUUGUUUCUUAUACAUUUUGAACUAUGUAGUCUUUUUUGACAUUUAUGCAUAGACAGAAACAAAACCAUUAGUUAUGAGGACAACAUUUUAUAAUGCAAGUCAUAUCACAUGGAGUUUUCUCUAUGUUUCUUUGUUUGUAUAGAAUGCUUAUUUUAACACUUGUAUUGACACAGUUGCCAUUCCAUGCCAGUUUUGUAUUGUUCGUGUUGUUUUUAUUUUGAUACUUCAAAUAUUAAUAAAACUCCAAAACUGAAA